AUGGCCGCCACCGGGGUGCUGCCCUUCAUCCGCGGCGUCGAUCUCAGCGGCAACGACUUCAAGGGCGGCUUCUUCCCGGAGCACGUGAAGUCCAUGACCAGCUUGCGAUGGCUGAAGCUAAACCGGACCGGCCUCUGCUACCUGCCGGAGGAGCUUUCUGCCCUCCACAAGCUGGAGCACCUCUCUGUCAGCCACAACAACUUGACCACCCUCCACGGAGAAUUCUCCAGCCUCCCUUGCCUGCGGACCAUCGUCGCUCGGGCCAACGCGCUGAAAAAUUCCGGGAUUCCUUAUGAAAUCUUCCAGCUAGACGACCUCUCCGUCUUGGACCUCAGCUAUAACCAGCUGACUGAGUGUCCACGGGAGCUGGAGAACGCCAAGAAUAUCCUUGUGCUCAACCUCAAACAUAACAGCAUAGAUAGUAUCCCCAACCAGCUCUUCAUCAACCUGACAGACCUGCUUUACCUGGAUUUGAGUGACAACAAGCUGGAGAGCCUGCCCCCCCAAAUGAGGCGCCUGGUGCACCUGCAGACCUUGGUUUUGAAUAAUAACCCUCUGAUGCACGCCCAGCUCAGGCAACUCCCCGCCAUGAUGGCUCUGCAAACUCUCCAUCUCCGGAAUACGCAGAGGACCCAGAGCAACCUGCCAACGAGCCUAGACGGCCUGAGCAGCCUGGCAGAUGUGGAUCUGUCUUGCAAUGAUCUGAGCCGGAUUCCGGAAUGUCUCUACACUCUGUCCAACCUGCGGCGUCUGAACUUGAGCACCAACCAGAUUUCGGAGCUGUCUCUCUGCAUCGACCAGUGGACGGAACUGGAGACCCUCAACCUGUCCAGGAACCAGCUCACUUCCCUAACGUCUGCAAUCUGCAAACUCACCAAACUAAAGAAGCUCUACUUGAAUUCCAACAAGCUGGACUUCGAUGGCAUCCCCUCCGGCAUCGGGAAGCUGGCCAACCUGGAGGAAUUCAUGGCUGCCAACAACAACCUGGAGCUCAUCCCCGAAAGCCUCUGCAGGUGUGUGAAACUCAGGAAGCUGGUUUUGAACAAGAACCGCCUGGUGACCUUGCCGGAAGCGGUGCAUUUUCUGCCCGACGUCGAGAUCUUGGAUGUCCGGGAGAACCCGAAUUUGGUGAUGCCUCCGAAGCCCGUGGACCGAACUUCAGAGUGGUACAACAUUGAUUUCUCCUUGCAAAAUCAGUUGCGGCUGGCUGGGGCAUCUCCUGCCACAGUGGCAGCGGCAGCUGGAGGGAGCAGCCCGAAGGAUCCCCUGGCACGGAAAAUGCGCGUGCGAAGACGCAAAGAUUCAGCCCAAGACGACCAAGCUAAGCAGGUGUUGAAAGGCAUGUCAGAUGUGGCCCAGGAGAAGAAUAAGAAGAUGGAGGAGAACGGAGACCUAAAAUACACGGACCUGAAGACCCGUCGCUGGGACAAGAGUUUGGAGAAACCUCAGCUCAAUUAUUCGGAGUUCUUCACAGAAGAUGUUGGUCAGCUGCCAGGGGUCACCGUCUGGCAGAUCGAGAAUUUUGUGCCCAUGAUGGUGGACGAGACUUUCCAUGGGAAGUUCUACGAAGCUGAUUGCUACAUUGUGCUGAAGACCUUCCUUGAUGACAGUGGCUCCUUGAACUGGGAGAUCUAUUACUGGAUCGGCCAGGAGUCCUCCCUGGACAAGAAGGCCUGUUCGGCCAUCCACGCUGUCAACCUGCGCAACUACCUGGGGGCCGAGGGCCGGAGCAUUCGAGAAGAGAUGGGGGACGAGAGCGAUGAAUUCAGCCAGGUAUUUGAUCAUGAGAUCUCCUACAUCGAAGGGGGCACGGCGAGCGGAUUCUACACCGUGGAAGAUAUCCAUUACAUCACCAGGCUUUACCGUGUUUAUGGAAAGAAGAAUAUCAAAUUGGAACCAGUUCCUCUGAAAGCAACCGCUUUGGAUCCUCGCUUUGUCUUCCUGUUGGAUCACGGCCUUGAGAUUUACAUCUGGAGGGGCAGCCAGGCUACUCUCAAUGGUACCACCAAAGCCAGGCUCUUCGCUGAGAAGAUCAACAAGAAUGAGCGGAAGGGCAAGGCCGAAAUCCUGCUGCUGAUUCAGACCGAGGAGACGCCGGAGUUCUGGGACCUCCUGGGUGGGCAGGUGGAAGAGAUCCACGCCAACGUCCCCGAUGACUUCAAGCCGCCCAGGCCCAAGCUGUACAAGGUUGGCCUGGGAUUGGGCUACCUGGAGCUGCCCCAGAUCAACUACAGGCUGUCUGUGGAGCACAAGAAAAGGCCAGCAGUGGACCUGUUGCCCGAAAUGAGGCUGCUCCAGAGCCUGCUGGACACCAAGUCGGUCUACAUUCUGGACUGUUGGUCAGACGUCUUCAUCUGGAUUGGCCGGAAGUCUUCACGCCUGGUGCGGGCAGCUGCUCUCAAGCUAGGCCAGGAGCUGUGCAGCAUGCUUCACCGCCCCAAGCAUGCCAUGGUCAUCCGGAACCUGGAGGGCACCGAGUGCCAGGUCUUCAAAUCCAAAUUCAAGAACUGGGAUGACGUGCUGAAGGUGGACUACACCCGCAACGCUGAGGCAGUCCAUAAGCCUGAAGGUCUCUCAGGAAAAGUGCAGAAGGAUGCUGAGAAGAAGGACCAGCUCAAGGCUGACUUGACUGCCCUGUUUCUGCCACGUCAGCCCCCGAUGCCUCUGAGCGAGGCAGAGCAGCUCAUGGAAGAAUGGAAUGAGGAUCUGGACGGCAUGGAAGGUUUUGUCCUGGAGAACAAGAAGUUCACCCGGCUGCCUGAAGAGGAAUUUGGCCACUUCUACACCCAGGACUGCUACGUCUUUCUCUGCCGGUACUGGAUCCCUGUGGAGACAGAGGAAGAGGAGGAGGAGAAGAAGAAGAAGAGAGAGGAAGGGAGCGCUGAAGGGGAGGACGACGCAGAGAAGGAGGAGGAGGUGGAAGAAGAAGAGAAGCAGCCAGAAGAAGACUUCCAAUGUGUGGUUUAUUUCUGGCAGGGCCGUGAGGCCUCCAACAUGGGGUGGCUGACCUUCACUUUCAGCCUCCAGAAGAAAUUUGAGAACCUUUUCCCAGGCAAGCUGGAGGUUGUGCGCAUGACGCAGCAGCAAGAGAACCCCAAGUUCCUCUCCCACUUCAAGAGGAAGUUCAUCGUCCACAAGGGCAAGAGGAAAGCCAAGGAUGAGAAUCUCCAGCCCAGCCUCUACCACAUCCGCACCAAUGGCAGCGCGCUCUGCACCCGGUGCAUCCAGGUCAAUACAGACUCCAGCCUUCUGAACUCUGAAUUCUGCUUCAUUUUGAAGGUUCCCUUUGAGAGUUCCGACAACCAGGGCAUCGUGUACACCUGGGUCGGCCGAGCUGCCAACCCCGAUGAAGCUAAGCUGGCUGAAGAUAUCAUGAACCAUAUGUUUGAUGACUCGUACAGUAAACAGGUGAUCAAUGAGGGAGAAGAACCAGAGAAUUUCUUUUGGGUCGGGAUUGGAACCCAAAAGCCUUACGACGGAGAUGCCGAAUACAUGAACUUCUGCCGUCUCUUCAGGUGCUCCAACGAGAAGGGCUACUUCGCGGUGUCAGAAAAAUGCUCCGAUUUCUGCCAGGACGAUCUGGCGGACGAUGACAUCAUGUUGCUGGACAACGGCUGUGAGGUCUACAUGUGGGUGGGGACGCAGACCAGCCAGGUCGAGAUCAAGUUGAGCCUCAAAGCUUGCCAGGUCUACAUCCAGCAUAUGCGGUCCAAAGACGCCAGCCGGCCCCGGAAACUCCGGCUGGUGCGCAAAGGCAACGAGCCGCUUCCCUUCACCCGCUGCUUCCACGCCUGGAGCACCUUCCGGAAGCCGCCGGCUUAACGGCAGCCAACGCCAGACCUCACUCUCUUUCGCCCUCAGUGGCCCCACUGGGGAUCCCCCGACGGAUGGACUUUGUAGUCUUGUGCCAGCGCUGGGCGGUCCACCCCCGCCCUUCACUGCAACACGCUUCUCUCGAGCUGCGGAUUGGAGGAAACAUUACUCAGAGAGGUGGGGAGGGAGCUGAAUUGGUCCCCCACCCCCACAUCCACCUCCUGCUUCCGCUUCCAACUCAGGAGCGCACCUUCCCCCCCCCCCCCGCUGGGGGUCUCGGGCAAAAGUUUGCAGAGAUUCUGGCACUUUCCAAAUUAAGCAUGGAGUGGAAGCAGAGAGGUCUAGCAAGAGGGGGUGGGGGAGGCUCAGGGAGCCCCCUGCCCUGGAAAGCGAGCAUAAGAUCCCCCCAUCUUCCAUCCCAGGGAAGGAAGGAUUUCAGCAGCUGCUUUUGUGCUCCUAAAAGCCACCCCUGGCUAAAAUCCAUUUGUUUUUUUACAGCUGCUAAAAGCACAACUGUCUUUUAUUGCCUUCCAGUUGAAUGCCUGGAUCUGUUCUUCCUUCUUUUUUUGCACUGAAUUACAGAGUUUUUUUAAAAAAAAAUCACAAAGAAGUGAUGCCCUGUGGCUUCUAGUCCUCAUGAAGCACUAGGCUAUGAAAAGCAGAUCUCUUGCAAUUUUCUGCUUUGUAGUCAGCUCCUUCUUAGAUCCCCACUUUUAGAAAGGGUGGUAAGAAAAGCCAUGGAAAGAAACACUUGGAAGAACUUGUAACAAGCAGAAGUGGCACCCAUUUUAAACCCAGCCUGGAUCAACUUGAUGCCUGCCAAACAUCUGGAGCAAUUGCUACCAGCAGCAGAUUGCAUGGCCAAAGGCAGAGAAUGGCGGGCAUCAACUCCAAACAGCUACAGCCGCAGGCAGGCAUUCAACUAGCAAAGUGCAGGGUUGCGUCUGGCCUAGCGCAAACACAGCGAAGGGGGUGUCCGUCCCAGGGCUUCACAAGCUUCCUUUCUAAUUUCUCAAUAAAGAUUGCAAAGUUG